GAUUGGAUACUUGUUUUUUCGUUUCUUUUUUUGAUUGGUUGAUUGAUUUGAUUUGAUUGAUUGAUUGAUUGAUUUGAUUGAUUGAUUGAUUGAUCGAUUGAUCGAUUGAUUGAUUGAUUGAUUGAUUGAUUGAUUGAUUGAUUGAUUCAUCGAUUGAUUGGUUGAUUAAAAAAAAAAAAAAGUGGGUCACCUCGUUCGUAUAUAGAUGUGCAAAUCGAUUCGGCGGAGGAGGAUGAGGAGGAGAGGGAGGACGAGCAGUUGGAGAGGAGGGGGGAGGAGGUGGACAGGGAAGAGGAAGAGGACAAAGAAGAGGCGGAGGAGGACGAGGAGAAUAGGGAGGAUGAGGAGGGGUAGGAGAGGAGGAGGGAGGAGGGAGGAGGUGGACAAGGAGGAGGAGGAGGCAAAAGGGGGGACAGGGGAGAAGGGCGCCGGCUGGGAGAAGGAAAGGGUCAAGGAGGAGGAGGAAGAGGAGAAAAAUGAGGAGGAAAGGGCCGAUGCUGGCGAGGAGGAGGAGGAGGAGGAGGAGGAGGAUGACGAGGAGGAGGACGCAGAAGAGGAGGAGGAGGAGGAAGAGAACGAGGAUGACGAGAGGGAGGAGGACGAAGAAGAGGCGGAGGAGGACUAAGAGGAAAGGAAGGAGAAGGAGGAGGGGAGGAGGAGGGAGGAGGUGGACAGACAGGAGGAGGUGGCAAAAGGUGGGAAGAGGUGAACGAGGAUGCGCGCAAACAUUUUUUUUUUUGAUAUUUUUUAGAGCUCUUUUAAUGUCCAUCCGGAUUUCCGGAUAAACCAGAUGCCGAAUG